CCAGCUGUGGCGCAUUCCGCCGCCGAUGGAGCGGGAGGCGAGGGCGCGUGUGCGGUGUCGGAGUCGGUGGUGUCGCUCCUCGUUUCCCGUUACAUUUUUUCGCGACUUCACACCGGUGAGAGCGAAAAACCUGCUCCGGGUUCUCUAAUCGUGUUUCUGGCCUCGUGCUUUUUUCUCUCUUUUUUCUCUCUCUCCUUUUUUUUAAUUUUUCGGGAAACGGAUUCCUGUCGCUCGUGAGGAACACGACACUUGACAGGAUCAUCCAUCAUGACGGGCAUCGGAUCUGCUUCGAUCAGGGGACAGGAGCAGAACAGAGACCAGACUGUGCGCCUGAAGGUCUGGACGCGGCCGAGGAAAGAGACAGAACGUGUGUGUGGGACGCUGAGGGCUGGUCAGUUUCGUCAUGUACAGUUCCAGAGGGAAGCUAAUGAUGACCACAAGGAGGACACUGAGAGAGACAGGUCUGAAACCACACUGCAGCCAGAAUCAGACCAGAACCUCACACCUCCUAAGAGAUCUCCUUUGGACCUGAUUGACACGGGCAAAGGGCUGAAGGUUCAGAGCACAGCGCCUCACCUGGUCAGUCUGGGGAGCGGCCGGCUCAGCGUGGCCAUCACCGUACUGCCUCUGAAGGAAGGAAUCACUCGUAUCGGUCGUGAUGACGCCGCCGUGCCACAGGAUAUUACCAUCCAGGGUCCUGGCAUCGAAGCUGAGCACUGCGUCAUCGAGAACAGAGGCGGAGUCGUGACUCUGGACCCCUGCGGUCACCUGUGUUCGCUCGAUGGAGCUCCUGUGACCACGCCCACUCAGCUCACACAAGGUUAUUCUCUGUGUUUGGGUAAAUCCUACUUCUUCCGCUUUAACCACCCCGAGGAAGCCAGUCGGAUGAAGAGCAUGCUUCCUCAGAAGAGUCCCGUGUCCCCGCUGGUCUACAGCACAGAUUAUAUGAAGUUCAGUAGCGAUUUCAGUUCCAGUGUUGGAGGUCCAAGUUCCAGAGGCGUGCGGUCAGUCUCUGAGCUGAGGGAAUUAAUGGACACCUUACAGAGGAAAAAACAAGCUCUGGAGAACAGUCUACGGACCAAUGGGGACAGUAGCCCCUCCUACUUCAGCAUGACCCAGUCUCCGCCCUCCACGCCCAGCUCCUUGUCACCCAUGACCUCAUCAAGCCCCAUAUCUCCCUAUCAGGACCAAGCAAGACGACUCUAUACGUCUGACCGGCCGCCUCUUUCGGGUAAAGUCCCCGCCCACUCGUCUAACAGCGUCCCUCCCUCGCCGAGACGAUCUGACCAGCGGGAAUACAACUCCUCACUCCCUCCUUUACGACCAAUGACACGGAACCAGUCCCAGGACAGCCUGCUCUCUUCUUCGGAUAGUCGACGUGGCCAAACGUCAGGUUCUUUGCUGUCUAUGUGGAACGGCUCCGGAUCUACAACAUGCGACGCUCUUCCACCGACUCCAGGAAGUGGAAGCGGAGCAGCUAGCAUGCCCUCCAGCCCUCGAUUAGCACGCAGGCUACAACCCGAGGAAGCGGGACGCCCAAUUCCAGCGCCACGCCAAAGGAAGUACUCGGCCGGUUCUCUGACGGGAAUGGGAAUUGCCGCUCACAGCCGGUCGCUACCCCGCCUCUACCGCCCGGGUGAGUCCCAUCUCGCCCCUCUGACCCUGCCAUGGCCUCGCUCCUCACCCACCCCCGAGUCCAGUCACCAAAAUGGACCCUCCGAGGUGGUCUCCAUCUCCUUGUCCACCAGGUCCAUUACCAAACAGCCACCCGUGCGUCCGGACGUGACCACGCCCUCAGGUGCUGCAACCAGCCCGCGGCAGGCCAAGAAGGUGAGUCUGACCUCCAGCAGCUCCUACUCAGAUUUGGAGAAGCAGGCAGCCUUCAUGUCCUCGCCAGCCUUGGAGCUGGGACUGGGAGAGAGGAGGCAGUCAUUCGGGAAGGCUGGGAUUGGACCACAGGGUGGAUUCCGUGAGAGGAAAGGCAGCAUCAGCUCUCUGAGCGGGAAAGAAGAGCUGCAGGAUUAUCACCUGAGGCAGAGAGACGAGAGGCUUCGAGAGCAGGAGGUGGAGAGACUGGAGCGCCAGCGUCUAGAGACCAUCCUGAACCUGUGCUCGGAGCGGGACCAGAGCGGCUCCGCCGUGGCCGACCUCCAGAAGAUCAAUAAGGAGCUGGAGAAGCUGCAGGUGACGGAGGACGAGUCCGUAUUUUCCGACUCCUCAGAGAAAGGAUACAGCUCGGGGGCUUUGCAGUGCCACGUCACUGAGGAGCGACAGCUACGCCAACGUCGUUCCAGCGGGCAGAGAGACAUCAGGGCGGAGUCACCUGCUGGGAGUCUUCUCGGCUCCGCCCCCACACCGUCUCCUCGACAGAUGCGGAAUAACAAGGCACCUGAGGAGGAGGAUGUGCGGCUGAAACAGGAAGUGACACGUAUCGAAGAGGAGAGGAUCCAGGUGCUGAACAACAUGGAGGAGCUGGAACAGAAGAUCAAAGAGCUGGACAACCAGAUGGACGAAUCCAUCCAAGAGAUGGAGGUGGAACGCGCUCUGUUAGAAGGCGAGCAGGAGUCUGAAGUGGCUCAGCUGCAGCAGGAGAAGGAGACUCUGGAGCAGCUGAAGGAUAAGAUGGCCGAAAUGGAGCAGAAGGUGCAGGCGGAAAAGUCACAGGACAAAUCCCAGCUCGAUGCUGAGCGAGUAAAGCUCGAGCGUCUGGCCGAAGUGCUGUCCGAGCAGCGCGCUCAGCUUGACACGUGUCCCGAAGCCCUGAAAGAGCAGCUCGUCCUCCAGCUGUCCAGGGACGCCGAGACACUGGAGGUGGAGACUAAGCGCUUCGAGGACCUGGAGUUCCAGCAGCUGGAGAGAGAGAGCCGUCAGGACGAGGAGAAAGAGACGCAGACCCAACAGAUCCUCAGAGAGAUCGCAGAGUUCCAGCGCAGCACCGUCACACGCAAGGAGAAGUUGCUUGCUCUGAAGAAACAGUCUACGCAGAUCAUCCAGCAGGCUCAGAAAGAGAAGGAGAGCUUCCUGAAGGAGAAGAACAACCUGCAGAUGAUGCUCCAGAGGGAAAAGGAGAACCUCAGCAACCUGGAGAAGAAAUAUGGCGAGCUGACAGGGGGGCGGAGCUUCCCCGUCAACCCCCUCAGUAUGAAGGAGGGUUAUGUGACAGUGAGUGAGAUCAAUGAACUCUAUGCCAAAUUGGGGGUGGAGUCAAGCCCCGCCCCCUUCCACCUCAAUGCCCCCGGCCCUAGUCCCGAAGACGGCAGCACAGCUUCAGGAGAGGACGAGCAUUUCCGAAACCUAGAGGAAAGGAAGAGAUUGGGGAAGGAAAGUCACAUGUGCGACACGCUUCCUCGGAAAAAAUCCCAGGCUGCGGUCAGCUCUCAGUUCAACUGCGCUACACUGGGCCGCAGCACACCUCCUAAAACUCAUCUUCCUUUAGUACAGAGCUCCAGCUGCGGCAGCGUCUUAAACCGAGUCCUCACAGUGUCUCCUAAAGACACAGACUCACGCCGUCUACACAAGGGUCACAGUCAGCAGCUGGUGGGUGAGGAUCACCGAUCGAGACUGACUGACCUCGGGGGUCGCGCCGCCUCCCAGUCCAACGUCUACCUGGACUCUAUGGGUUACCGUGACAACGGCUUUGACACCUUCAGCGUGGACAGCUCAGACAGCAUGGAGACCAGCAUCUCCGCCUGCUCUCCCGACAACGUCUCCAGCGCCAGCACCUCCAACGUGGCCAAGAUCGAGGAGAUGGAGCGGCUGCUGAGGGAGGCUCAGGCCGAGAAACACAGACUCCUGGAGCACAGGGAGCGAGAGAUGGAGGUACGGCGUCAGGCUCUGGAGGAGGAGCGCAGGAGGAGAGAAGAUCUGGAGAAGCGACUGCAGGAGGAAACGAGUCGACGACAGAAACUCAUCGAGAGGGAGGUGAAGCUGCGAGAGAAACAGAGAGCUCAGCUGUUAGUGAUGAACAGAGCAGUGGUUGUCAUGUCUCGUCCCCUGACCCGCUACCUGCCCGUGAGGAAGGAUGACUUCGACCUGCGCAGUCACAUCGAGUCGGCCGGACACAACAUCGAGACCUGCUACCACAUCUCCAUCACAGAGAAGACAUGCCGCGGCUUCCUCAUCAAGAUGGGAGGAAAGAUCAAGACGUGGAAGAAGCGCUGGUUCGUCUUCGACCGUAACCGCAGGACACUAUCCUACUACGCAGAUAAACAUGAGGCGAAGCUGAAAGGUGUGAUCUACUUCCAGGCCAUAGAGGAGGUCUAUUACGACCAUUUAAAGAACGCGCACAAGAGCCCGAAUCCCUCCUUAACAUUCAGCGUGAAGACUCACGAUCGUGUGUACUACAUGGUGGCGCCGUCUCCAGAGGCCAUGCGCAUCUGGAUGGACGUCAUCGUCACAGGAGCCGAGGGAUACACGCAGUUCAUGAUUUAGACAUGUUUCAUGAUUUUGUGUGUGUGUGUUCUUGUCAUUUUCUCCUGGAAGUAUCUACAUCAUCAUCUACAUCAUCAUCUACAUCAUCAUCAUCAUGGCGUGAGGUCUGCGUGUGAACUGUGUGCACUGUAAAGGUUCCAUGCAGCUGUUUUGUUUUUGUUGUUUGUUAUUUUUUAUCUAAAGUGCCUUCAGACUUCAGCAGCUGGAGAAACUGACCAUCCUGUGCCUUGGUCACAUGUCACCCGAAAUGAAGGACUCUGAUUGGUUGUGACAUCACACGCAAAGGAGUGAACGUUCAAUUCUACACGACCCUGUCAUCUUUCACAUCGUGUUUCAUGAGGAAUUCAUAGCAUUGUGUGUGUGUGUGUGUGUGUUGAUCAUCAGGGAUGCACAGGUCAACAGCAACCUUAAAGGAGCGGUCUGUAAUUUUUCCCUAAACCCUGUGAUCAUUUCAUAAAUAUGUGAGGAAAAAACAUCACUAGUGUCUUGAAUUAUGGAAAUGAGCUCCGCCUUCCAGUCAGAAUAUAUUUGCUUAGCCCCGCCCCUUUUGUUUCCAUGAAAAGCACCACAGCAUUCAUAAAUACAUGAAACCACUAGUGUCUUGAGUUCAGAUAUGGUAAUGAGCUCCGCCUUCCAGUCAGUAUGCAUUUGCUUAACCCCGCCCCUUUUCCAUAAAGCAUAGAAGGCGUACAUAUUUACAGUAAUGUUUUUUUUCGGGAAUAAAACAUUUGCGGAUCUGCUUUCAGACACCAGAGGGCGCUGAAAAAAUGACACUGCUCCUUUAAGAGUUUUUUUAAUACCAAAGAUUUCACAUAGAAUUAUAGAAUUAUACGCUAUACUGUGUGUGUGUGUGUUUUGUAUAGUCAUAGUAACCAAAAAGGUGCUAAAAGAUGUGCCCUUUUUAUUUUUUAGUGAUUUUUUUAUGUGUGUAUUUUGCCAUAAACAGCAAUAAUUCAGUAUUUCAGAAUUUAAUGCUAAUUUUGGAAUUUCUUUCAUUUCGCUUAAACAAAAACCACAUUUUAGAAAUAUCUUCUUUUUUAAAAAAUAAAUAAAUAAAUAAAUAUUAAGGAGAAUGAGUUGUAUAUCCCAGUUGCUGUAUUGCCGUGUACAUGACUUCCUCUCUGUAUGUUUUAUAUCUCUGAGAAUGAAAUAUAUUCUGAAAAUAUUUUAAAGUCUAAAAGCUUUUAAUGCUGGUUUUAAGGCUGGUGUCACACUCUUCAGCUCUCACCUGCUGCCCUGAUGCAGUAAAUAAACACUUCCUAAAAUCCCCUGAGCUGAUGGUUUCUGUUCACCGUAAAAAUAAUUUCAUCCUGAUGGAGGAAAAAAAAACUUUAAUCCAAAACAUGAAGCUUUUCCUUUAUUAAACAUGACCAGCAGGGGGCAGUAAGAGCCUGAGACACUGCACUGAUGGCUGAAUAAUAAUAAUAAUAAUAAUAAUAAUAAUAAUAAGCCUCUUGUAUAUUUCACUAUAUGGAUUGAAUUCUCUUUUGUUUUGUAAUUGUUAUUUAUGUUCUUAUUCUGCAUGCACCUGUAUUUUUGCAUCCAAAACAUUAAAAUCAGGACAGAAAGACA